AUGACAUCACCAAGAAUCUUAUUACUUGUGCUUAUAGCUACAGCCUCAGCCUUCACUUACAAUGAAGCCUUGGCUAAAUAAAAUGCAGCAUUAUCUUUUGCUUCAUAUUGUCCUAAUGCAGCAAUCCAUAAUUGGUCUGUUGGUUACGUAAGCAGAUCGUAUCCAGAUUUGACUAACAUUGAAGUUUUUGAGAAUCUUGUUAGUGUAAGAUUUUAAGAUAUAAUUUUAGGGAACAAAAGGAUAUAUAGCAUAUAAUAAAAAAGAAUCAGCUAUUGUAGUUAUUUUCAGAGGAUCAUCCAAUAUUCAAAAUUGGAUGGAGAACAUUACUUUUGGAAAAACUGAAUACAAUACAUCUUGCAAAUGUAAAGUACAUAAAGGAUUUCAUGAUGCUUUCUUGUCUCUUAAACCAAAACUUGAUACAUUACUUCCAGGAUAUAUUACCAAAUAUCCAUAUGCUGCUCUUCAUGUUGGUGGACAUAGCUUAGGUGGUGCUAUGGCCACUUUAUAUGCCUUAUAAUUAGCUGAAUAAGGAAAGACAGUUCAUUUGUUCAGUUAUGGUUCACCAAGAGUAGGAGAUCCAGAUUUCUAUGAUUGGUUCACUAAAUAUACAAAAAUUACUCAUUUUAGAGUUGUAAAUUAAAACGACACUGUUCCUCAUGUAUUAAAUAUUAUAUUAUAUUUUUUAGCUUCCAUUUUAUCCAUAAGGAUUCUACCAUGUAGACAGAGAAAUCUGGUAUCAUGAUGGAACUCACACUGUUUGUGCAGCCGUAAGAGGAGAAGAUAAAACUUGCUCAUACUCUGUCUAAAAUAAAUCUAAUGCUGAUCAUAGUACUUACAUUGGAUUAAGUUCAUCAGUUGAUUGCUGA